GGGAGGGAAGGAGGAGGCGACAGAGAAGGUUGCGUUUGUGUAAUAAAUAAAGAAAUCAGUGAGCUCAGCAGAGCGGACCUGAGGCUUGAAUUCGGUCUGUUUUACCCCCGUGCUUGAGAAGCGAGGGGGCGUUCAGCACUUGUACCUGGUCACCACCCCUCCCCCCCAAUCCUAGUGCCACUCGUGGGACAUAGUCCCUGUUCCAGCCAGCUCACGUUUUACUGCGUUGAAUCGAAAGUUUCGUCUUCUAUUCUAGCCUCUGCGUGGACUUGGACUUGACUGGCGUGCACUCGCAACAUUGCUUGCUGCACUAUCCCACUGGCUGCAGACAGACUCAGGAUAUCCCACUGGAAAAUUCACAAAUCUUGACUCCAGAUUUUUUCUGGGAAACUUGCCAUCGCAUCUUUAGGCGCGAAUACCAGCAGACUUUGCGACUUCUCCACAUCAGAGACUUUUUAUUCGACAAGUAUAUGAAUGGAUAACACGUUACUCAGAGGCUCCGCUCCCUGAGAUCUGCCGGAGUUAUUCAAGGAUUUGCCUUUCUUGUUUCUCUCUCUCUCUCUCUGUCUCUCUCUCUCUCUCUCUCUUUGGCAUCGUGAUGAUGUAUUCCCCGAUCUGUCUCACACAGGACGAAUUCCAUCCAUUUAUUGAAGCACUUCUUCCACAUGUCCGUGCAAUUGCAUACACCUGGUUCAAUUUACAAGCCCGUAAACGUAAAUACUUCAAGAAGCAUGAGAAGCGAAUGUCCAAGGAUGAAGAGAGAGUAGUCAAAGAUGAGCUGCUGAGUGAGAAGCCAGAAAUCAAACAGAAGUGGGCAUCGAGGUUGCUUGCGAAACUUCGCAAGGACAUCAGGCAAGAGUAUCGGGAGGAUUUUGUGCUCACAGUCACAGGCAAGAAGCACCCUUGCUGUGUCCUGUCCAACCCUGAUCAGAAAGGCAAGAUGCGGAGAAUCGAUUGCUUGCGGCAAGCCGACAAGGUGUGGCGGCUGGACCUAGUAAUGGUGAUCCUGUUUAAAGGCAUCCCAUUGGAAAGUACUGAUGGUGAACGGCUUGUCAAAUCCCCUCAGUGCUCCAACCCAAUGCUCUGUGUGCAGCCACAUCACAUAACUGUAUCGGUGAAAGAGUUAGAUCUGUUUUUGGCUUACUAUGCUCAGGAACAAGAUUCAGGACAAGAAGACAGUCCCAGUCACAGUGAGUCUACAAAAAAUACUCCAGCAUACCUGGAGGACAGCUUUAUAAAAUCAGGAGUAUUCAGCAUUGGAGAACUUAUGCGAGUAUCUCGAAUGGCUAUUACACAAGGAAGUGGGAUUAGCUAUAACCUUGCAGAGAUUCAAAGCCAACCGUUCUACCAUGACAUAAACUCCAGCCUACAGAGGUCACUGUCUUCCCCACCGGGCAGCAAACGGCCCAAGACCAUCUCUAUUGAUGACAGCAUAGACACCAGUCCACCUGGAGAAUUCUAUCCAUCUCCCAGCUCACCUACCAGUGUCAGCAGAACAUGGCAUGAAAGGGAUCAAGAAAUGUCAUCUCCUACAAUGAAGAAGCCCGAGAAGCCAAUAUAUAGUGACCCCACAUCUCCACAAGGUUCAUCACCACGACUGAGUACUUUCCCACCGCAUCAUCACCCUGGCAUCCCAGGACACAGUGUCAUCUCAACAAGAAGCCCACCUUCUCCAUCACCGCUACAUUUUUCAGCCUCUUCCAUUCUUCCUCCUGCUCCCAGUAGUUACUUCUCACAUCCUACAAUCAGAUACCCACCGCAUCUUACCCCUCAGGACACAGCAAAGAACUUUGUACAACUUGGCUGUGGGCCAUCCAAUCCACAAACAAGCCAGCCAAAUAGUAGUGGUCAAGUAGUGGGCAAAGUGCCUGGUCAUUUUACAUCAGUACUGGCUCCCUCACCCCAUCAUGGCAUGUCCAGACCGGUGACCCUGGCCAUGUCUUCAGACACUAAACCCAUCACUACAUCAACCGAAGGUGAGGCAUCAUCAUCCCCCUCAUCCACCUAUACAGGUUCAGGUACACCCCCUGCCAACCGGCAAUUUGUGGGACUCAGCUCCAGGGACCCAGCCUUUUUACACCAGCAGCAGCUGAGGAUUUGUGACUGGACCAUGAAUCAAAACGGCAGGCAUUUAUACCCCAGUGCCAGUGACGAUACAUUGGGAAUUGCUUGGCAAAGUCCUGGUACCUGGGCUAGUUUGGUCCCAUUCCAAGUGUCAAAUGGGGCUACCAUCCUGCCAACCAAUGUACAGAAUUACAGUUUAAACUUUAUCAGUGAACCCUUCCUCCAAGCAGAAACGACAAACUGAGGACAACAAGGAUCAAGCCGCAUCUCUGGAUUGUAUAGAAAAGUCUUCAGAAACACAGACAAGUGAUUGUUGCACUCACAAUCACCAAUUUCUUGCAAGCUUAAAAUCUGCAUAAAUGGUAUUUCAUCUGUGAUACUAAGAAGGUGAUUUUAGUAUUUGAUGGUGAGGUGACAGAUUAUGUCUAAGUGACCGGCCUUUAUUGAACAAUGAAUCCACUAGGGGACAAUUGUUUAAUUUCCAGAUCUGAUAAACAUUAUACACUUAUUAGCUUUUAGAUGUUUGAGAGUUUGCAUGUUUAGCCAAUUAGUGGGGUUCAGGUAUCUUUUUUUUUCACUCAGUCCAAGAGUAGUUAAACUACAGCCCAGUCCUCCUGGUUGAUGAGAUUUGACUUUGUAAGGUAAAGGCUGGAUGAGGAAUGUACAUGUAAUUUUGUGUUUUCUACAAAAUUGUUGUCUGAGGGGACGAAAAGCCCAUAAAGCACACAAUUAGUCUAUGCACACUAUGCUACUGCAGAAAACAAAACAAAAAAAAAAGUUACAUCCAGUUUUUACUGGAUUUACAUUUGAUGAUUGGCUCCACAAGUUAUUCUUGUCACUGAACCCUCUUUUCCUUUUACUUUUAAUGCUUAGUAUACAGAUCUGAACAGAACAAAUUUGAUGCAAGACUGCAUUUGGAAAAGCACCAUAGUGUAGUUUGAAGCUGUAAUUGUCCCUCAAAGUAUCAGAUGCAUUACAAGAAUCUGAAUGCAAGAAUGAAGCUUGCUGAUAUUUUUAUGUUUCCCCUAAAAUGUCAGUAAUUCUUUAAAAGAACACUUAAGAGGCAAGUGCAAUUUAACAUAUCUGAUUAAGGGGAUUAAUAAAAGUCCUUAUGCCCUAGGACUCUAAAUUGAGGGGAUGCAAUAUAUAACCUUUAAAUAAUUCUGAACAGUUCUUAUCGUCCCCUUUGAAUGUGCAUUAAUUAAGGAAAGAAUAGAAUGAAAUAUGGACACAUCCUGCUGUGACAUGCUUGCUUAGGAAAGCAAUUGAAUGGAAUUGAAAAUUCUGCACUUGAUUCCUUGUUCUCCAAUACCUCUGUGGAAUUUAAAAAAAAUAUGUAAUAUAUAUGUAUCAGGUGUGUCAGGAAAAAAAAAAGCAUGGCAUUAGCAGUUUCCAAGGACACAGAUGCCAAGGUGAAUUGGUGUCUCAUGGAGGGUAUUGGUGAAGAGCACCACAGUUUACAAUGGCAACAGGAUGCAGCCGCUAAUAUUUUCCGCACUCUACCGUGUAAACGCUGUUUUUAAUCACAGGGUGCUGAGUAUUGCAUGGUGCUUUUCUUUAGCCUUGCUAUCUGCCUGAUAGUGCUAGUGGCAGGACACCAGUGUGUGCAUGGCAAGUCAAUUUUGCCUCUUCUGUUUCUCUGUAACUCUAAUGGAUCUAUCCUUGAUUUGCACGAAGUUAUAUAGUCCACAUUACGUGCCUUGCCUUUAAAAUAAAACAGUGACAUCACUGCACACGUUUGCUGCAUAUAUUAUAGCUCAUCCUAUAAAAUUUACCAUUUGUAUGAAAAAAGUUAUUUUGUACUCCAGAGGACAGUGUGACAUCACUAAUUGUCAAUAUUCAAAUACUUUGACUUUGUUAUCUCAUUUAUAAAGCAUAUCAUGGCUGUGUAUAGUUGGUGCUUAAAAUUUUUAAUCAGCCAGUAAUAUUUUUCAGUAUUUUUGGCAAGUUUUUUCUAUUAAUCUUUCAUGUUUUUCAUCUAUCAAUUACUUGUUUGGGAAUUUUUGAACUUGUAAGAAUUAUGCAAUACCAAGUUUUGUCUAUAUAGGUAAAGCUUUUAGCUAUAUUGAUUAUCACAUUAGUAUGCAGAUUAGGUGAUGUAAGCUUUUUUUUUCCAUUUUAAUUGACCAAAGUGGUGCUGCUUUCUAUGCAGUAUGAUAGGUCCUUAAAAGAUGGUCAGGGGAGGAUGCUUUGGGGAGGGGGGAUUUUUAAGGAGAGCUCUACAGCACAGCUGUGAUACAAUGCCAUUUGGAAGACAGAGGCUGCAAAGUAACUGUUCUGUCUACUGUGACAAGCUUUCAACUUGGUUCUUCUAUUGACUUUCCACCUGGGGUGCAAGAUGAACUCAUUGAAUUAAAAAAAUAGUAUAUUAAAAAAAGUUGACAUUUUCACAGGAGACAGGCUUGACUUGAGCUUCAAUAUCAGUUAAGAGCUGUGAUUUUCUCUUGUGAAAAAUUUACUUUGGCAGAGAUCUAUCACUGCUGGCCUCCAAUACCAGCAGCAAAUCUAUAGGUCUUAAAUCUUCUGUCCAAUGUCCAACACUCUUGACUCAACUGAGCUUUUUAUUCUUUAGAGGUGACUUAAUCUAUUCAGUCUCGAACUAGUCUAGCAGUUGAUUUAGAGAUGAAAUGAUAUUCAUUUCAUUUCUCUAAUAUUCUGCUCAAUUUUUUUUUAAAUUCAAAUAGCACUUAAUAUUUUAGCUUCCCAAGGAGGUUUAUAUUUUAUCAAUGAUAUCAAUUCCUCAUUGUUAAGUAUCAAUGCGGCCUAAAGCCAAAUCAUUUGGAAUUGCAAAAAUCUCAAAUCAAGAUAUAAACAAUUCAGUUCCAAAUAUAAGUUUAAACAAAGGUGAUUUUAGUUAACCCAAGGAUCAUUAGUGGAAAAUUAUUUGAGCAAGUCUCUUUAUUGCUUAACUGUAAUGACAGAUAUUAAGUUUCACAAGGAAACUUGAGAACAUAGAUUUUUAAAAUGUUGUCCCAAAUUCUGAGCAUUUACUGACACUUCAUCAGGCAAUUUGUUGGAGACUGGGCAGGAUAUGACAGAGUGAACAAUCUGUUGUUAAGGUAACAACAAUCAAUUUAUUCAGAAAACAAAAUUGAUUGAAAGAAUAGUGGAAAGAAAAAAAUUCGGCAACAGUUCCUUAUAAAAGCAGGGUUAUUUCUCCAAAAUAUUGCAGAGUAGAGGAUAGUUUUCUAUAAAUUAUGUGCCUAAAAUCAGUCUCAGUAACCUACACAGUAAGGUCUCUAGGCUUGAUUGACAGGAGAAUUACCCAAUCGUUUCUGCUCUAACUGGCUAUGACAUUUUUAUGAUGUGAUAGCCUAAGGUGUAUGCCGAAGAGCUUUUCUCUUCAUAAGAAAAGGGAGGUAAUGAAAGGGAGGUUCUUGAGAAUCAACUUUAUGACAUUAGAGGGCUUUGCAACUCAAGUCAAGUCUCUGCUCUCCUCCUUCACCAGGAUGCCAAUUCUGAUAAACUGAAGCCACCCCGUUCUAUGUGCACUGUUUCUGCCUUUUGCUAAAGUACUUUGCAGCCUUGGCCAUUUCCCCAGUGUGUUGUAAAAGUUAAGGCAAAAUAGAUUGGGAAAAAAAAUAACAGCAAAGGAGACUUGUAUUGAAAAAAAUCUGGCAAAAACAAAUAUCUAUAGCAAUAGCUGUGGGAGUAUGAUUCAAGCACGGCAUCUCAGUGAAUAAGUGUUAGUAGAUUUGUUAUGGUUGUGUAAUGUGAGGGGAAACAAAGAGGGGUCUUGAAAAUGAACCACCUGCCUUGCAGACUGUAAUUUGUACACUGUAUAGUUUUGUUAAGAACAUUUUAAAGUAAUUACCCUUUUUUGUAAUGCUAACAUUUUUUUAAAUGAGUUAAUUGGGGGAAGAAAUGAUUACACUGGCUUUUGAAAGACCAGUUUAUUAUGCCAUUUUUAAGAGAAAAAAAUCCUGUCUGGAAACUGGACUUGAGUUAAAACUCUCCAGUUACCUAAUUUAUAUAUUACAAAAAAGACUGUCCAUAUGCUGAACUUGUGUAAUCCUAUGCUUAAAAAGUGUAGGUUCCUAAUUUUUAAUCCAGUUUUAAAUGGAGAAAAGUUAUAUUUUAUGAAGGUUAUUUUGUUGUAUUUAGUGUUGAAAAGGUUGGUUUGCAGAAACAUUUCAUAUUGUCGGAAGGAAUACUGUUUUUAUUAGUGUGUAUGGCCUACAGUAAAAGUUUGUGUGAGUUUAAAUGUUGGUAUUUAUGAUUAGAGAGAAAGUGCACAAGGGGUUUGACAACAAAUCCAGUACUGGCAACCCACCCAAUGAAUGAACCCAGAGAAGAUUCCUGAUUGAUCUUGUACAGUGUGGAAACCAUACAAGAGUACUCAGGGAACCACCUGGGGCCUCUUGGUUAUGGCACUGGUAAGGAUUUUGUUUUUGUUGCACACCACUGCAUUGCACUUGCACCAUGCAGAGAUGUCAGAAAGAUAUCCCAUAUACAGUGUACAGUAUUCUGUUUUUGAAAGGACAAUGCAAUGUUGCUGGCGGUUAGGUCCCAAGAUGAUACCAGACAUAGUUUACUUGUUCCUGUUAAAGUCUGCUGCAGCUGAUAAUAACCAGCUGUAUGCUUUGUGAGACUUCUCCCAAUUUGAUGGCAAAAUUUAUUCCUGCUUAUCUUUAAUGUGUAGCACAUGCAAGUUCAGAAGGAAAUAAAAAUUUUAAGAAAACGGUUUAAGAAAGGGUGCUAAUUAACUCUUUCAUAUUUGCACUUUUUAAAACUAAUUCUCCAUAUGCCUUUCAAGCAGAAAAUUGUGUUUUAUUUUCUUUUUCAUUUGAAUUUUAUACUUCCUGAGCAUGCAGUUGGCAGCUGAACAGACUUCACUGGAAUAUGCAGCAGGAUAGCUAACAUCAGUGGUUUUAACUGAAUAAGAUUAAGUCUGGACCACUGAUGUUGCCUUGUUUAAAUCUGCAAAAUAGCAUUUGCACCAGUUCCUUCUCAGGGGGCAGUGUUGUGGGAGGGUGGGUGGUGGGUUUGGCGCAGAUGCCACAGCAGCAACUUAUUGUACUGUUCCAUCUCACAGUGCUUUUGCCACUUUGUUAGUAGUUAAAGGGGACAUGUUGGAAAUGGUCAAUUUUCACCUUUUUGUUGCAGCUUUUUUUUUCUUACAGGAGGUAUUUAAUAGCAAAAAAAGAUUUAAAAAAACUUUCUCUAGGUAUGAGUCUCUGGAAAUAUCUGUAUUUUAAGAAUUUACUGUAUGUUUAAAUUUGUAAAAAAUGGUCUCAGUAUCAGUGGCGACUUCUCACCUCACCCAAAAGAUGCCUAACCACUCUGAAAAAAAUCAAUGUUCUCAAUCCAACCAUCCGUGAGUUUGAGUCAUUUGACCUCCUUUCCAUUACAGACAUUAUGCGAUUCUUAUUUCUCUUGAUAAUGAACAAUUCCAACGAAUCUUCUGCCAAUUUAAUGGAAAUGACUGGAUUAUGAUUCCAAAUGCGAAAAAAUAGCAAUAAUGGUCUCCAUUAUAAAAUAGUGGCUAAUUACUUUUGGCAGUGUAAGCUGGUCCAGCUUUUUGCUUUCAGAUUAUGGUAUUAUGCACUUAUAACUAAAAGUAACAUUGCUGAACAGGUUUAGCAAAUCAGGCACCACACACAAAGAAGGGAAAGACAAUGACGUUCUGGACAUAACCCUUUGUCGGGUUUACUGGGAAACAUAGAGCAAGGGGGAGGUUUAUACUUGAAAUGAACUUUCGUUAGUGCUCUGGGAAAGGUUUAUAUCAGAAACAGUCUCAUGUCAGAGUGUCAGAAUUCUGAUGAUCAUCUCAGUGUUUCAACAUUUGUUGUUUUUGUUUCAGAUGUCCACCACCUACAUGUAUAGAUUGAGUUUUGUUAUGCAGGCUUAUUAAUUCCUAAAUUAAGCUUGCACAUUGAUGACAAUAUGGAACCAUUCUUAAAUAGGGCAGUGUGGUUGUACUAAGUUUGCCUUCUUGAAAUGAUAGGAAUACAAAUGUACUCAUUGAAGAACACAUUGUUGAGUGAUAGGUACGUGAUUUUAAGAAGUUUUAAACUCACAGAUAGUUAUCUUGUUAGGUAUACAGUGCUAUCAAGUGGGAACUUCUAGUUUCACUAAAGCAUAUGUAAAUAAAACACACAUAAUUGAUAGUUAGGUAGACCAUAACAUGACUCUGUAACCUUUUCUCUUCCAAGGUAGUCAGCUAAACAGCAUAUCUCAGCAUCCUUUCUUCCUUCUAGAAUCAAAGGGAUAACUAGUCAGAACUAGCAGAAACAAUAUUCCACAAUAUUUCAAACUAGCAGAAACAAAAUAUUUCUCAUGUGUUGCCUGCCUGACUGGACUGAAAAGUUCAAUCCUGUAGGAUCUGUCCCAUCUGUUCCAACAAACCUCAAUAUUUCUCACAAAUGACAAGAGGUUGCAAAGCCUUUGUAUUUAAGAGGCAGCAGUCAGGUCCACUGACACUGAAACCACUUUCAUCACAGAACUGUUGUGUUUCUAAAUAAAUAGCAUGAUGCAUUUUUAUUAUCAAAACUGUGCUGCAGGGACUGAUGUGUAUUAUCAACUGAAGGAACUUUGUUAUAACCUUGGUCACUACAGUAAUGUAUGUUCCUUUUAUGGAGACCUUGGGAUAUUAAAUUGAAUUAUGUUAAUGCAAAAUGAGGAUUUGAAUCAAAAAAAAUACCAGCAUAUGUUUACCAAAAAUGUCAAACAAGCAGUGCCUGUUUAAUCUUGCAGUCUCUGUUGAGUUCAGUUGUAAAUCAAUUCAUUCAGACAACUUGUUUUCUGCAAAAAUGAUCCAACUUGCAGAAUGUAAGGGUAAAUCCUGCCUAGCUGUCAGCUUCCAAGAGCUUGUUUACCUGCUCCAUAUUCACAAAGGUAGUUACACAUAUAUAUAUAUUGCAUUGAUGUGUGUAACAGCCCAGAUACCAUUUAAGUCUUGACACUGCGCAUUGUACAGAUAUUCUUUUCGUUGCGAGUGUGGCUCCUAGUCAAUCUGCAGAUGGUAAUUCUGAGAGGAAGGGAAGGGAGCCCACUUGUAAACCUUUUGAGAUCUUUCUCUUGAGAACAACUUUUGUAGGACUGUGUGUUUCCAUAGAUACAUGAUGCUACGUUUAGUCCAGUAGUAGGUAACAAGUAGUCAGUAAGUGCUUGCUAGCCACGCACCAGGGUUGUUCCAUUUUGAAACUUGUGAUGCUUUAGUCCCAUACACACUACUAUAGUUGCCAAAAGGAGCAAAAGGAAAAGGUAACUGAAUUGACCAUGGACAGUAAAGUACUCUUGCUCUCCAUGUCUGGGUCCAGAUGUCUGAGAUGGUUUAAAGGCAUUGAAAACUGUCCAGACUGUUCCCUUCCAGAGCCUAAAUCUUCACAAGUUUUAAACUGGUGUAAAUUCAGCUUGACUUAUGUGAUUGUAACUGUUAUAUCCAGCCUAUACUGCUAGCAGCUGCUCAUACUGCAGUCAAUUACUGGAAGUGGAUAUGUUCCCUAUGCAAAUAAAGAAAAAAAAACAACUCAAAAAUAAAAAUGAGCUAUGCUACAA